GCUUUUUGCUCCCACCAGCAAAAAUAACAACAAAAAGAUAAAUCUUAAUAAAACCCCUUCUAGCCAAAAGAUUAAAACCCUAAACCCCAAAACGUUAAUUCCUCUCAGCCUCUCUUUGUCUCUGUGGAACCCUAGCAACAAAAAAGAAAAUGAAAAGAGUAGCAGAGGGUGAACUUGUUAAUAAAUCGAAGGUAUCUAAAGGUAAUGAUAAUACCCCUGCUACAAAGAAGAACAUGAAGAGGAGGAAUAAGAAGAAGACUUUUAGCUCCAGUAUAAAGAGUGCUCAGGUAGGUGGGAAUCUACAGAAACAACAAAUAGCUUCUCAAAAAGCACCAGACAGUAAAAUGGAUGAAAUUCCUGUAUUUGGAGAUUUAUUGAGUGAAUUAGGCAAAGAAAAUGAUGGCAAGACAAAUCCAAAAUUAUCAAGUGGAAAUGAUUCUCACCUGAGUCAGACUAGAUUUCAUCAGUGCCCAAUUUCUCCCUUGUCGUUGAAGGGAAUAAAAGAUAUGGGAUACGAGAGAAUGACUACUGUGCAGGAGGCAACUCUUCCUGUCAUUCUUAAAGGUAAGGAUGUAUUAGCCAAGGCAAGGACAGGAACUGGAAAAACUGUAGCAUUUUUGCUUCCAGCAAUUGAGAACAUUUUAAAGUCAACUUCAGUGGAUUGUAAUAGAAAAGAGUUUCCUAUUAGUGUGCUUAUUAUAUGCCCAACAAGAGAACUGGCAUGCCAAGUUGCUGCAGAGGCUAUGAAAUUGCUUAAGCAUCAUCCUUCUAUCAGUGCUCAAGUUGUAAUUGGAGGCACAAGCCAAGAUACGGAGCGGAAACGUUUGUUGGGAAAGCCUUGCCAGAUUCUUAUUGCGACACCUGGAAGGCUUAAAGACCAUACUGUGACUACACCUGGAUUUGCUACUCGCUUGAAGGGUGUAAAAGUGCUUGUUCUUGAUGAAGCUGACCAAUUAUUAGGUAUGGGAUUCCAAAAGGACAUCGAAAAGAUUGUUGCUUCUGUUCCAAAACAGCGGCAAACACUUCUAUUUUCUGCUACUGUUCCAAAAGAGGUUCAUAAUAUCUGUCACAUAGCUUUAAAAAGUGAUCACGAAUACAUCGACACUGUUGAUGAAGGUAGCGAGGAGACACACUCGCAAGUUAGACAGACCCAUCUAACUGCGCCACUCAGCGAACACUUUUCAGUUAUAUAUAAACUUCUAAAAGAUCAUAUUGCUGAUGAUGUUAAUUAUAAGGUUCUUGUAUUCUGCACUACUGCAAUGGUCACAAAGCUUGUAGCUGAACUCCUUUCUGACCUUAAAUUGAACGUACGUGAGAUUCACUCGAGGAAGGCCCAGAGCUACAGAACAAGGGUGUCUGAUGAGUUCCGAAAGUCAACAGGACUUAUUCUUGUGACAUCUGAUGUUUCUGCACGUGGAGUAGACUAUCCUGAUGUUACUCUAGUAAUACAGGUUGGAUUGCCCUCUGAUAAACAACAGUACAUACAUCGACUUGGUCGAACAGGUCGCAAAGGUAAACAAGGGCAAGGAAUACUGCUGCUGGCUCCUUGGGAGGAAUUCUUCUUAUCUAAUUUGAGAGAUUUAUCAUUAAUAAAAGCUUCAGUGACGUUGAUUGACCCCGACUCAAAGAAAAAAGUAGAACAGGCGGUGUCCCGGAUAGAUAUGAAAAGCAAAGAGGCAGCAUACCAAGCAUGGCUCGGGUACUACAAUGGAAAUAAGACAGUGGGCCGUAAUAAAUGCAAGCUGGUCGAGCGUGCAAAUGAGUUCAGCAGGAGUAUGGGACUUGAUACCCCUCCAGCCAUCCGAAAGGUCGUCCUUGGCAAGAUGGGAUUAAAAAAUGUUCCAGGUCUUAGAUCUUAUUAAAUGAAGAGAUCAAGGCAAGUUUCUAGCUGAUCGUCACUACCUGAAUUCUAUAUGUUCCCAUUCUCAACUUUCAUAUUUUGUUACAUUUUUAUUUUUGUGAUACACCAACUUCACAUUAUGUGUAGUGAAAAUGCUUGAUAUAUUGAUUUUAUAUUUGUUCUUGUGAAGUUGUUUAUAAUCCAAUCUCCCAGUUCCUUAAUAAACCAGUUUUCAAAAUGGCA